GCCACUGUCAGGAGGCAACGCGCAUCCGGCGAAAAAAAGAUCGCCAUAAUCAAUUCUGCAUCGGCUUACGCUGAACUUUCCGCGCGUCCUUGAAGCAUUGCUUGCUUCAUUCGUUCUGAGGACAGAUAAAUAUUUUAUCGCUUCAGGUUCGAUAAUCGUAAUAGACGCCGCCACCCGCCGUCGGCCGAAGUUUGCAGCUGUGCAAGUCUCAAUUCUCGCCAGCUCUCCCCGAACUCUCGAGUAUUGAUCAGGGCAAUCAAUCCGGCGCGCGUCCAACAAACUUGGCCUGCUGGUAAAUAUUCACAAUGUCACAGUAUCCAGGCUUUACUCCAUGGCCAUACAAUCAAUAUCAGGGCCAUCCCGCUCCCCCUCCACCGGCGCAGUCUCCGUACGGUUACCAACCCCCCACUGCCUACCCUGCACCACCCUUUCCUCCGCCGCCGACAUACGGUGCUCCGAGUGCCUUCCCGCCGCCGCCCGAAGCCCACCAGAAUGCAGCUCAAGGCUCUUUCAACUACAACGCGAGCAACAUACCUGGUCUUGGGAUGGGGGCAAACAGCGCUAUGGGCAAUGCUUUCCCAGCCACACCUCCACCAGCAAAUCCAUGGGGACAGCCGUUGCCAGUUUCAUACACGCCCACCAUUCCAAACCUUCAUUCUGCCCAGCAAACCGUAAUUCCUGGCACAAAGCCCCCACAACCUGUAGCACCCGCUGCCCAAGUGGCCGUCAGCAUCGAGAUGGAGGAAGGCGAGUUGAGUGAGGGCCAGUUUGAGGAUCUUUAUGAUGAUACGCAAAAGUCACCACCGCCGGCCAGCACCCCAAAACAGACUGCCAAAAAGCUUCCUGUCACACAGCCAAGCACUGUCCCGAGUACAGUCGCCAGUCAACCCACCAGUGCGUCUGAUACACCGGAGGGUGGCUUCUAUGGCAAUGAUCAAGACGAAGCUCGCGAUAGGUCCGCGUCCUACUCUCCAUUCCUAUCACCCAGAGAAAGCUCGAACGAAACCCCCACAUCCCAAUCCCAAGGAGCCGGACCUUCCAAUGUCGUAAAACCACAGUCCAACAACCCUUCAGAAACCGUCCCGCCUGUGAUAAAUGUUGGCUUGCCCGGCCUGCAGCCACAGUCAUCCACGGUUCUGAAUGCCAACGGCACUCCAGAAAGUCCCGCCAACUAUUUAGACACCUUCAAAUCGGUGCCAGAAGCCAAGAAGGAGGCUCAAAAAGCAAUCCUACGGUUGUGGCCCCUUGGAGUCAAAUAUCAAACCUAUCUCGACGAAGGGUUUGAUGAGAAGGUGAUCAAAGCCUUGUUUGGAGAUCUUCAUCUUGAACUGCCCAAGCCUGUUGUAGAGAAGGCAAAGGCGGAAGCACAGACUGUCCCGUCGCCAGGCGCAAGUGCGGAUAGUCCCACGACGGCCCAAGCACAAGGGACACAACCUGAGUCCAAGGAUACGGCGGAGCCAGUAACCAAGAGUAAAGGGGAAGAGCGUAAGGAUCGCAUUGCUCGUCUCCUCGCCGCCAAGGCUGCAAAAGGGCCGGCUGUCGUUCCCCCAAAGCCCGCAGUUGUACCACCAAACCCAACGGCAGCGCCAUCGCCGGCGCCAGCACCAGCUCCGGCUGAAGCACCGAAGCCUACCCCGCCUACUGGACCGAAAGCCAAGAUUCGAGGAGAAAAAGAACGCAUCCUCCAGGAGAAGAUCGCAGCCUUGCAGAAGGCUCGAGAGGCGCAAGCGUCUGGAGCUGGAAAGGCAGGUUCUCAAACUCCUGUGAAUACUGCUACGGUUGCUACACCGCAACAACAACCUGCCGGCACCUCGAGCACGACCUUGAAUUUUGCCAGUUCCCAGCCAGGCCCCCUCACUGUUCAGACUAGUGGCCUGCCAACACCACCCAUUCCUGGCAUCGUUGGAUCUGUCAACGUUCAGCUCAACACGGCAAGUCAGCGCAAGCGACCGGUCGCUGCUGAUUUCGUUGACUACCCAUCCGCUGCUGGAUCAACAAAGCGGCCGUUUGGCCAGUUACGCCAGGAAACCUCUCUCAUCAUUGACGUUAGCGAUGUUUCGGACGAUGAAGAGAUGGACAUGGAUAUGGGCUCUCCCACUGACGAGCCAUCAUCGAUGCAGUCAAAAGAUGGUCCGACUGCAUCACGUGGGCCAUCCAUUCGCGAUUUCCCUCCAUUAACAAACCUCCCACAGCGACAAUUGUCAACUUCUACAACCCCUUUGCACACACCACCAACUGGCCCAGCCUUGGGAGGAAAACGUCACACUGAACUCACCAUCAAGGAGAGAGAGAUUCAGGAAAUGCGAAGGAUGAUUGCGUUGGCUGAAGCAAAGCGGAAAGCGAAAUUGCCCCAGGCAGGUUCGCGAGCACAGACUCAGUCAGGCCAAACACCAGAACCUAAGAAUGCUGGCACUCCUGUCUUGAGUAGCCCUGCUCAGUCAGACAGGCCAACUCCUCAGCCCACCCCGGAAGCCACGUCGAUUAGGCCUCCCAAGGCUUCAGAUACCGCAACUUCUAACCCGGCACAGAAAGCCGCACAGCACGGCCGCCUUGCUGCUCUUGAAGAGAAACGGCGGCGUCUGGAGCAGCUACGUGCAGAGGAGGCGUUGUUACAAGCGGAGAUUGAGAAGGAGAUGCUGGCUGCCCAGUCGGACCAGGUCAGCACGCCAUCUGACAGAGAAGCGCCCCAAGAUAGCGGGCUCAACUCUGGAGAGGAUAGGACAGUGCCUCCACCGCAAGGGGUAACAUCGGCUGAUGUCGAGGGGCUCUCAUCUUCUGGUGCGUCUCUGGCUCCUGACGAUGCGCAGGUGACAGAGGCAGUCUCAGUUGAUGAAGUCAAAACUUCAGGUGAGCCGUCACAGACAGAUAUUCCGCCCCAACAAGCCGAUGAACCCAAGCAAGCUCUCAGCAGCGACACACCAAGCUCCAGCGGUUCCCAGUAUCCCAGCAGCAGUGACUUGGCACAAGCCCAAAGCGUCAUGUCUGUGGACGGUGGCGAGCCGGAGAGCCGCCAAUCUGUGGAAGGCUCUCUACCCAACAGUAAUCCUGAUGUCCGAGCAGAUGAUGAGAGUGCUCCAGCUGCAGUCCUUGAGACACCUCAGCCCUCUACUAACCAAGAAGUCGAUGAAACGACGCCCAUGGAGAUUGAUUCUGAAGCGCCCAGUCCAACCACAGCGGAAUCUGUUAUGAGCGGCAUUGUUGACAGCGAUGUGAAUGACGCGGAGCAUCCACCAGUCCCAUUACCUGAUCAAAUAUCGAGUGCUGCCCAGCCUCGGGAGGAGGUCCAAGAAGUCGAAGUCGAGGCAACAGGAGAAGAAACUCGCAACCCCAUCAAGAAGCAGGACCGUGCCUUUAUGCCGUAUAAAAGCCCUCUGCAUAUUUUCCGUGCCUAUCGCUUCCAUCCCGAGUUUGAACAGACCGUGCCUAACGGCGUCAAAUCCUUGACGUACAGCAGCAGGGUCGAUGUGCAAAAGCCGCUCUGUCCGUAUGAACUGAACACUCAACAGUGCCCUGAAAACUGCGAGUUCCAGCACUUUAGCAACAUCAAGAUUCUUGAUGACCAAAUCCUUCUGGAACUUGGCAAAUCAGACUUCACCGGCGAACAAAGAGCUCGGUUCAAUCAAGGGCUCCGUGAGCUUCUUCAGGUAUACAAGGCCCAAAAGGUUAGAGACUUCGACGUUAUCGCUCGAGGCAUCAUCAAGUUCCGCUCCGAGUUCCUUGGAGAUAAGAGCAAGGUGCUCAACUUGGAAGGAGUAACGCUUUGAUUCAUACUCUUCCACUUCGACACAGCGUACAGCACAUGAGCUGCACAUGUGGCUCGCCGCCAGUAGACAUCGUGAUCUCGGCGCGCUGUUUGGAUUCUCACUGAAUCGUUUCUGAUUCUUUUUCGGCGUUUUCUUUUUGCAUUCUACUCGGCGCAAUCACAGCAUCACCCAUUUGGGCUUAAAGGCCCAGGGCAUUUCCAUGACCGGUUGUAUCAACAGCUGCCCUCGUGGGCCAAAAAAAGGUUUUGGGGAAGAAGGGAAGGGCAUUGUAGGAGUACAAUACCCAACAGCUUUUUGAACCUAUGAAAGAGGGGGAAGGGUAUCAAGGGGACAGCAAAGAAAAAAAUGAUUGUUGCCAUGAAGGGUGACACAACGGUAUAUCGGGUGUGGAUGGGGAAGAAGACGACAAGUGAAAAAAAUAAGGUUUGAUCUGAGAUGGGGGAGACAGGUCAAGUACAUCGGGAGUUUUCAAGAUAGUGUGCGAUUAUUUGGGAGGGGGGUGGGGGGGUGAGACUUUGGGGUCUUGGCUGUCCUGAUUAUUUUUUGCGCGUGGGUCUGAAAGAGAUCUCAUGAGCGGACUGUUUAAUUACGUUUGCUGUAUACCCAAUUUCCAGUCGAGGUGGUGUCCGUGUUGUUACAGCUAAAAAAUUUAAGUGAUAUUUCCUGCCAACAAG